AUUAUGGGUAUUUCAAAAGCUAUUGUGACUUGUUUUCUUGUAGUAGUAUUUACAGUUCUGUUGUCCAACCAGAACAUUUUGGUUUCAGGAGCUUAAGGAAUUCGAACGCAACAACAUGAUGCUGAUACUCAGACCUGAUGCUGCUGGAGUGUUACGUGACAGAAGUGGUCAGGCAUACAACGAGGAUGGUCAGAGAAUUGAUGAACAUGGCUACGUGAUACCUGAAAUCGCACAGGGUGUCGAUCGACACCAGCUGGGUGUCGCUCGACACCAUGGGGUAAACAGAGCAGAUGGUCGUCAGAUGACUCUUGGUGACUACAACAGGCCCGGCCUGUUCUAUGAGAAUCGGCGUGCAAUUAGACCCACUGCGUUUGAAAGAAGCGACGAUUUAGGUCUCCAACCUGCAUUCUAUACUCUUGUGAGUCAGCACCCGUUUCACGGUCUUCCACAUGAACAACCAAUGGAUCACAUCGAGAGGUUUGAAGAUUUGGUUUCAAUCAUCAAGGCACGGGUUGUUUCAGAGGACUAUUUACAUCGCAAACUUUUCUCAUACUCUCUUGCUGGGGAAGCAGCUUCUUGGCUUAAGGAGUUGAUUCCGGGAUCUUUGACAACUUGGCAGGAGACAAAGAUGGCUUUUCUGAACAAUUUCAUCAGGAAUUACUAUUCUUAUUCUUACCAAGCCCCAUCUCCACCUACUUCUAUGAGUAAGAUGGAAUCAAUGCCGGAACAGAUUCAGGAAAGUCAGCAAAGAAUCUUAGAGAUAUCCCCUCUUGGAAGGAUUGAGAGUAACCUCACGACUACUUGCCAUGUUGUUUUGAAGAAAAGUGAGGAUGAAUUCGUUGCAGUUGAAGAGAAUGAUGCUGAUUUUGUGGUUGCAGAGGCAGUGUCGACCGACACCAAAGCAGAAUCGACGUUUGACGAAGCAGAAUCGAGCGAGCUCGACACGGAGGAGUCGACGCCAGACAGUAGUGUCGACCGACAGUCACCUAGUGUCGAUCGACACUGGACACGAACUGCACCAUAUGCUCUUGUGUUUCCACGGCCACCUAAGAAGUCAGAGCAAGAGAGACGGGAUGAGGAAUGCAGAUUGAAGCUGGUUUGGCUUCUAGGUGCAUUACCUUUUGAUGAUUGGUGUAAGAUCCAAGAUCCACUUCAAGAUUAUAUCAAGAAGAUGAUUACUAAUGGUAUUAGUGCUGAGGAUGUUAGCUUGCUUACAAAAGACAUCAGUGCUAUCUUGGUGUAUGAGGAUCCAGAGAAGAAGCCGAACAAGAGGCUCUCAGUGGCUAUCUCUGAAUUGGUCAGUGCCAUGAUUUAGUGUAACAACCCAGAGAAGUUACCUGAUCCAGGAAGCUUUGUGCAAGAUUGCUCCAUAUCCACAGGACAAUUUCCUCACUCUCUUUCUGAUCUUGGCUCUAGCAUCAACUUGAUGCCCCAUUCUGUUGCUGUAG